AUGCAAAAAACUUCAAGAAUUACAGAGACCAGGUCCCGGAAGAGGGCUAGGGCUCGCGACCACCGGGCAUCUCAAAUCGUAAAACCAGAUCCCAGAAGAGGGCUAGGGCUCGCGACUCUGGAAUUACAGAGACCAGGUGGAAUUCGGAAGAGGCUUAGGGCUUGCGACUCCGGAAUUACAGAGAGAGAGAAAGAAGACAGAAGCGGCGGCGGUCGCGGCGCAGGCCAGAGAGGCGGCGGCCAUGGGGGCGGCGUGCCGCCGGAGAAGAAGACAGAAGGCGGAAGCGCAUUAGUUUUUUAUCCAGAAAUCGAGAAGACCGCACGAAAGUUGAAGAAGCAAGCUAAGGAGUGGAAAAAGAAAUCUAAUUCUGCUCCACCGAGUCUUGAGGAUCAAGAAGAAAUUGAAGAUCAAAUGGGUGACCGUAACAAUAGGGAUGAGGAGAACGAUAGAGAGAUCGUUGAUCCUCGACAGGAACCACCUCAAUUGAUCAGAGAGUUAGGCCGUCUUAGAAGCAAUCGCCCUUUGUGCAUUGUCCUUCCUGCCAUUAAUGGCAACGCUGAAAUACGGCCUGGUUUCAUUCAAGUGCUACCCAAAUUCGGUGAUUUACCUGGAGAGAGUGCACACAAGCAUCUGGCUGAAUUUGAUCUAGGUAGAGCGAGAGAUUGGCUUUUUGAUCUUCCUCCUGGUUCGAUUAGAACUUGGGGAGAUUUAGAAGAACAAUUCUUGCGAAAAUUCUUUCCUGAGUCCAGAGCUGCAAAUUUGAGAAUGGCCAUUAGCAGCAUUAAACAGAAGAAGGCGGAGAGUCUAGCCGAUUAUUGGGAGAGAUUCCAACAGCUGUGUCGCAAGAAAAUUGUUGACGCUGCUUGUGGUGGAAGCUUGACCAAUAAAACUUUGGACGAAGCAAAGCAACUCAUCGUUGACAUGGUUUCAAAUGGCCAACAAUAUGAGGAUGAUGAUGAUGAUCGUUAUAGGCCAGUGCAGAAAGUAGAAGAUUCCAACAUGAACGAGAGAAUUGAUGCUCUCACCUCUUUAGUUAGAGGACUUGCUGUCUCUAAAACUCAACACGUUCAAUGUGGAAUUUGCUUUGAAAAUAAUCAUCAUACUGAUGCAUGUCCAUCUCUGCAGGAUAAUAAUACUGAGCAAGCGUGCAUGGGAUCCGCUGAUGAGCAAGAGAUGAACGCACAAAGGCAAAGGCGAAACGACCCUUUUUCCAACACCUACAAUCCAGGGUGGAGAAAUCACCCAAAUUUUAGGUGGAGACAGCAAGAACCAGGGAUGUACGCGCCGAAUCCGCCGCAGGCUGGACAGUAUGCUCAUACCGCACGUCCUGCACCGAGUUCUGCACCCAAUAUGAACGAUAUCAUGAAGAGCCUCGCCCAGAGCAGUGAAAUUGUGAAGAAUUUGGUGCAAAGUCAGCAGGCGUUCCAGCAUGAAACUCAGGCAGCGUUGAGUAAUAUGGGCACACAGAUCACGCAGUUAGCCACUCAGGUGAACAAGCUGCAGGCGAAUCAAGGCCGACUUCCUUCUGUCACGGAGAUGAAUCCCAAGGAAAAUGCAAGUGCUGUAACUACAAGAAGUGGGAGAAUUCUAGCUGAGCCACAACCUAAGCAGCAGGACAAAGAAGAAAAGCCCGAUGAAGCCAAGGACGAUGCAAUUAGUGAGAAGUCACCAGAAUCCACCGAGCCUAGCUCUUCUAAGGUAAGUGGAAAACCUAAGGUUUCAAUUCCUCAAUCACUGAUUGCACCACCUUUUCCUUCUAGGUUGGCUCAGAACAAGAGAAUUGAAGAAGAGAAGGAUAUUCUAGAAAUCUUCAAGAAGGUAGAAAUAAACUUGCCCUUGCUUGAUGCAAUUAAGCAAGUUCCCAGGUACGCAAAGUUUUUAAAAGAGUUAUGCUCUAAGAAAAUGAAGUUUGGGAAUGAUGCGAGAAUUCGAGUGAGUGAGAAUGUUUCUGCUGUUCUUCAAAGAAAAUUGCCCCAAAAGUGUCGAGAUCCUGGUAUGUUCACCAUUCCAUGCAUUAUAGGUAAUAAGACUGUUGAGAGAGCCAUGCUAGAUUUAGGAGCAUCCAUAAAUGUCAUGCCUUAUUCUGUGUAUAAGGAUUUGCAAUUAGGACCUUUGAAAGACACUCGUGUAAUCAUUCAGUUAGCUGAUAGGUCUACUGCAUAUCCCGAAGGUGUUGUUGAGGAUGUCCUUGUCAAGGUCAAUGAUUUGAUUUUUCCUGUGGAUUUUUAUAUUGUUGAUAUGGAUGAUUCUGCCUCUGCUAAGCAAUCCUUGAUUCUUUUAGGGAGACCAUUCAUGAAAACUGCUAAGGCAAAAAUUGAUGUGGAUAGUGGAAUGCUUAGCCUUGAAUUUGAUGGAGAUGUUGUCACAUUUAAUAUUUUUGAGGCUAUGAAGCAUGUUGAGGAUCCUGAAUCUGUGUUCAUGAUUGAUGUUAUUGACCAUUUGGUUGAGGAAUUUGUUGAGAAUUUCAGGGAGGAUGAGCUUGAGCAUGUUAUUUUCAGUUCCCUAACUGAAGAGAACUCCAAAACUGAGGAGAAUGAAGCCAUUAGAGAGAUUAUCAUGCAGCUGUACUCAACGGAGGAAAUUCCAGUUCGGCACCUGUCGAGCAGGAUGCCCAUACCGACCAGCACAGAACCGAUUUUGCCCUCUGUUGUGAAGCCACCGAAGCUAGACUUGAAGGUACUGCCCCAACAUCUGAAAUAUGUAUUUUUAGGAGAGGAUGACACGCUGCCAGUGAUCAUCAGCAAUGAACUCAGUACAGAACAAGAGGUAAGGUUGGUAAGUCUUCUUAAGAUGCAUAAAUCUGCCAUUGGAUGGACUAUAGCCGAUAUCAAAGGUAUUAGUCCCUCUACUUGCAUGCAUAGAAUCUUACUUGAGCCUAAUAGUAAGCCGUCUAGGGAUCAUCAAAGAAAAUUGAACCCUGUCAUGAAAGAAGUUGUGCUUAAAGAAAUUCUUAAAUUGCUUGAUUUAGGGAUUAUUUAUCCGAUUUCUGAUAGUACAUGGGUCAGUCCUGUUCAUGUGGUUCCUAAGAAGUCUGGUUUUCAAUUGGUCAAGAAUGAGAAUAAUGAGUUGAUUCCCAUGAGGUUGCAAACUGGUUGGCGUAUGUGCAUUGAUUUUAGAAAGUUGAAUAAUGCUACUAGGAAAGAUCAUUUUCCAUUACCUUUCAUUGAUGAGAUGCUUGAGCGAUUGGCUGGUAAGGAAUUCUUUUGUUUUCUUGAUGGCUACUCUGGAUAUUUUCAAAUUUUUGUAGCUCAGGAAGAUCAAGAGAAAACCACUUUUACUUGUCCUUUUGGCACUUUUGCAUGGCGUCGUAUGCCGUUUGGAUUAUGUAAUGCUCCUGGUACUUUUCAGCGUUGUAUGAUGAGUCUAUUUUCUGACAUGAUUGAGAGUUGCAUAGAAAUUUUCAUGGAUGAUUUUACUGUGCAUGGAGACUCUUUUGACCAUUGUUUGACUAAUCUUGAACAAGUUUUGCAGAGAUGUGUCGACACUAAUUUGGUGUUGAACUUUGAGAAAUGUCAUUUCAUGGUGAGAGAGGGGAUUGUUCUUGGGCAUGUGAUUUCUGCAAGAGGAGUAGAAGUUGAUAAGGCGAAAAUUGAUUUGAUUGUUAAGUUACCUUAUCCUUCUAAUGUGAAAGAGAUUCGUGCUUUCUUAGGCCAUGCAGGUUUUUAUAGGCGCUUCAUCAAGGACUUCGCAAAGACUGCUCAACCUCUCACUAGGUUGCUUCAUCAAGAUGUGUCUUUUGUGUUCGAUGACAAGUGCAAGGAGGCCUUUGAUUUGUUGAAGAGUAGACUCACUUCUGCCCCCAUCAUUCAGCCACCAAUUUGGGGAGAGCCUUUUGAAAUCAUGUGCGAUGCAAGCGACUAUGCCGUUGGAGCAGUGCUAGGGCAGAAAGUUGGGAAAGAGAGCCAUGUGAUUUACUAUGCUUCCAAAACUCUCAACCCGGCUCAAUGCAAUUACACAACCACGGAGAAGGAGCUUUUAGCCAUCGUUUUUGCUUGUGAAAAAUUUAGAUCUUAUUUGAUUGGCUCUAAAGUUGUUGUUUAUUCUGACCAUGCAGCUCUUAAGUAUUUGCUCUCUAAAAAAGAAUCUAAGCCUCGCUUGAUCCGUUGGAUUCUGCUUUUGCAGGAAUUUGACUUGGAGAUUAAAGAUAAAAAGGGAGCCGAGAACUUGGUAGCUGACCAUUUGAGCAGACUGCAGACUGUGUCGGACGGUAUGCCCAUACCAGACGAUUUUCCAGACGAACAGCUGCUGCACAUCGACGGUAACACUCCUUGGUAUGCUGAUUUGGUUAAUUUUCUAACUACUGGAGUUUUUCCUAAGGGAAUGGAGACAGCCCGUAAGAAUAAGUUGAGGAGCCAAGCAAAAUACUUCAUAUGGGAUGAUCCUUAUUUGUGGAAGACCUGUGCGGAUCAAGUGAUACGACGUUGCAUCCCUGAUGAGGAGAUUUAUUCAAUUUUGAAUUUUUGCCAUGCUCAUGCUUGUGGAGGUCACUUUGGUCCCAAACGAACAGCACGUAAGAUUCUUGAUUGUGGUUUUUAUUGGGAAACUAUUUUUAAGGAUUCUUACAAUUUCUGCAAAAAUUGUGACAAGUGCCAAAGAACAGGUAAUAUCUCUUCUCGCAAUGAAAUGCCUCAAGUCCCUAUUUUGGUUUGUGAAAUCUUUGACGUUUGGGGAAUGGAUUUUAUGGGGCCGUUUCCUAGUUCUUUUGGAAAUUCUUACAUUCUUUUGGCUGUUGAUUAUGUUUCGAAGUGGGUAGAAGUGAAGGCCACCCGCACUAAUGACUCUAAAGUUGUUGCAGGGUUCCUUAAGGCUAAUAUUUUUAACAGAUUUGGAGUGCCCCGUGCCAUCAUCAGCGAUCAAGGAACCCAUUUUUGCAACCGCACUUUGGAAGCACUUUUCAAGAAAUAUGGAGUCCACCAUCGAGUUGCCACGGCAUAUCAUCCCCAAUCCAACGGUCAGGCUGAAGUUUCUAACCGAGAAAUCAAGAGCAUCCUUGAGAAAACAGUCAACCCGAGACGAAAGGAUUGGAGUUUGAGACUGGACGAUGCGGUAUGGGCAUACCGCACUGCAUUCAAGUCACCGAUAGGUAUGUCUCCGUACAGGCUGAUUUUUGGGAAGCAAUGUCAUCUACCUGUUGAGAUGGAGCAUAAAGCUUUUUGGGCCGUGAAGGAAUUCUGUUUAGAUGAGAAAGUUGUUGGCAAAGAGCGAAAAUUUCAACUGCAAGAAUUAGAGGAGAUUCGAUUGGAGGCGUAUGAUCAUGCAAGUCGUUACAAGGAACGAACCAAAUUUCUACAUGACAAAUACAUUCGAAGGAAAUCCUUUGAAGUUGGGCAGAAGGUUCUCUUGUUUAACGCACGCUUAAGGAUUAUGCCAGGAAAAUUGAAAUCUCGUUGGUUGGGCCCGUUUGAAGUUGUUAGUGUGAGUCCUCAUGGAACUGUGGAAAUACAAAGCCUCGAAACACGAAAGUGUUUUAAGGUUAAUGGACAAUUACUCAAGCCAUACUAUGCUGGAGUCGAGAUGGAGUCGUUCAAUGCUCUCAGCCUGACGUCUCCAACCAUCGUCUAAGGAUUUUGAACUUCU